GGGGGCGGGGCGCGAGACGCCGCCAUGUCGGAGGCGGCGGCAGCGGCGGGGAUGGCGGCGGCGGCGGCGAUGGCGGAGGCGCGGCUGAGGCGGAAGCAGUUCCUGAGCGCGGAGGAGGCGGAGUUGUUCGAGCUGGCGCAGGCGGCGGGUAGCGGGCUGGACCCGGAGGUGUUCCGGGUGCUGCUGGACCUGCUGCGCAUGAACGUGGCGCCGCUCGCCGUCUUCCAGGUGCUCAAGUCCAUGUGCGCCGGGCAGCGGCUGCCGCCGGGACCCGAGGGCGGGCCUGCCGCCGCCCCGGGGCCGCUGCCCGCCGACGCCCGAGGGAGAAAUAAAACCAAUUCUGUCAGUGGGACUCAGGUUCUAGCAGAAAGGAGCAGCCGGGAAGGAUCUGCCCAGAGGAUGCCUCGUCAACCAAGUGCGAGUCGGCUGCAGAAAGCAGGAGCUUCUGGAAAGAACAGUGGAGGAGGCAACAGUACCUAAAUAAGGCCUUGGAACUGAUGUAUUUCGAUGUUUGACAAUGUAUAUAAACUGUGCUUGCUAAAACUGCUUGUGUUGUGUGUAUUAACCUGGCAAACAUGAUUUGUGAUUCAUGGAACAGAGCUGCUGUUUCUUAUUUCUGAAACUUCCUUUGGCAACGCAGACUACUGGAGAUUACCCGAAGACACCUGGGACAAAGAAAAAGAUAUGAAGCCUAGAAAAGUCCGGAAUAGUGUUCAAGUCACUGUAGAGAAGUCAUGACUCCUCUCACAAGCCAGUGCUUCUUGCUGUUUCUUUCCCUAAUGUCCAUUUUGAUAUGUUCACGCUAGUUAUAGCAGCAGAAAGUCUGGUUGGCUGAAUUAAGAGGUGAGUAGUGCUGAGCUAGAUCGUAUAUUAGUAUCACUGAGCCCUGCAGUGAUGGUACCUUGCGCUGGAAACCUGACUGUCUGGUGGGGAUAUGUUCUUGUACUUUAACUGGUGGUUGCCCCGUUCCCUUCACGUGCAUGCUCACGUGGAUUUUAGCACCUCAGUCUGAAAACCAGUUUGACCUGUGUCGUGGUUUGAGCCUGGUCGGCAGCCAAGCACCACGCAGCUGCUCGCCCACCCUCCCCCACUUGGGGCCGGGGAGGGAAUUGGAGGGGCAAAGGGAGACUCGCGGGUUGAGAUAAAAACAGUUUAAUAACAGUAAUGAAAUAAUGGGGUGGCAGUAUGAACGGGUGAUGUACAAUGCGGUUGCUCACCACCCCCGUUCCCGGUUAGCCAUCCCGAAACAUAAAGAUGCUGCGACCGCAAUCCCGGAAGUGAGUGCGCGCCUCUUCCCGCCCACCCCUCCCUUAUAUGGUGAGCACAGCGUCACGUGACAUGGAAUACCGGCCAAUCCGGGCCCGGUGCUCCAGCUGUGUGCCCUCCCUGCGCAGGCAGGGCGCGUGGAGCUGGAGUCCCUGGAAUCUCAGUGUGCUGCAGCACUCCUCCAGCUACCAAAAUGAACAGGAGCUCUGUUCCAGCCCGAACCAGGACACCCUAUCACAUACCGUAAUCACACAGUGAGUCCUUCCAGUGGUGUUAAUGUGAUUAUUCAUUUAUAAAGUGUUACAAAACCCUUUACCUGAUGAGGCAGAUUAAGUACAGAGGUUAUGGCAGAUAAGGGAGAGAACAGCUUCCAGUGUGGGCUUUCCAUGGACUGCAGUUCCUUAGGGAAUACCCAUUUGCUGUGUCAGGGGCCUGCGUGGCUGUCUGCUACAGCGUGGUCCUCUUCCCCAGCCUGCGGGGGAAACUGCUCCAGUGCUGGGAGCGUCUCCUGCCAAUCUCUGCCCUUGGUGUUAGUGGGAUUGUUUCUUGCACGUUUAUUUUCCUCGCUCUGGGCAGUGUUUUGUCCAUUCGUAAAUAUAUUUUUACAGAGGUGCCCACCAGCUUUGCUUAUUGCUCGGGCAAGGCCACCCCUGCAGCACCGCCCCCCUCCAACCUUGCCAUGUAAACACAAUGCACCCUUCCAUGGAGAUCAGAAUUCUUCAAGGGUGGGAGUUGAAUAUGGGGCUAAAGUAGCUCAGGGCUUGCAGUAACACACCCUGAAGCUGUGCUAUAGGAAAGGUAUUCAAAUGAGAUAGCUUACUCUAAGGAAAUGUGCUUACACACACACCCCCACCCCCCCCCCCCCCCAAAAAACACCCCCAAAGCCCAAAGGGUACCACACCAAUGGGGAAGCUGUAAGUUGAAUUUACUGGUAAAACAGAGCAGCUGAAGGGCUGUUUUUUCUUUUCGAAGAAUCAUUAUUGAUGCUUUUUGUUCCUAGAACAGGGGUGAGCAGAUGAGAUGCAACUGAAACCUCCUCUGUGCAGAAUAUUGACCUUUCUUGAGAAUAAAAGCACUUAUCAGACAUGA